AGGAGCUACCUUUCCCGGCCCGGCUCCAGCCCACCGCCAGGCCAGAUCGCGUUUCCGCAGCUCCGGGCCUGUCUGGACGACAUGGCCCAGGACCGUCCCUCCUGCACCCUGGACCCCGACCACGUCCGGCGCCUGCUGCUCUCUUCCCGGGAGGCCAAGAAGUCCGCCUACUGCCCCUACAGCCAUUUCCCGGUGGGAGCCGCCCUGCUCACCGGGAACGGGCUGAUCUUCUCGGGGUGCAAUGUAGAAAAUGCCUGCUACGCACUGGGCAUCUGUGCUGAACGGACUGCAAUCCAGAAGGCCAUCUCCGAAGGCCACAAGGACUUCAGGGCCAUUGCUAUCUCCAGUGACUUGCAAGAUGAUUUCAUCUCACCAUGCGGGGCCUGCAGGCAAGUAAUGAGGGAGUUUGGCACUGACUGGGCCGUGUACAUGACCAAAGCAGAUGGUACUUAUGUGGUCAGAACUGUCCAGGAGCUGCUGCCUGCAUCCUUCGGGCCUGAGGACCUACAGAAGAUCUAGUGAAGGCUGGAGAACGCCCACAGCCCCGGAAGGGUUCCCACAGGUGUUUAAGAGACUGACACUGGAAAACUUUGGAAAGAUGCCAGCUUAGGGACACCUGCCAAACAGGUCCCAACCCUCCUGGAGCUGAGUAGAGAUGAUUUUUCCUUACAAUCCCAAGUCUGGCCUGCUUUCCCAGCAGCUGCCUGGGGUUCUGUCCUGUUCUGGGUGACUUUGCCGAUUAUAAACAUCACAGAACAUCCUGAUUCAGAAGAA